CUUGGACUUUGUGAGCAGUGCACAGGCUCGUACAGGGCGCAUGCAUCGAAUUAGAUCGAUGAGAGCACUCCUGGCCUUCCUGGCAGCCGUCCCAGCCAGCAGCCUCCACAGCACGCCGCCGCCGCGGCGCCGCGCCAGCCGCCUCCACGCGACGGAAUGGCAGGCAGCGCUGGACGACAUCGACGGCGACGCCUGGCGCGAUUUACGAAGGGAACUCUACGGCGCGCCCGACGCGGCGCCGCCGAGCACGCUGAAGCGCUUCGAGACCUACUGCGAGAAUCGGAGAAAGAGCCUCGAGGAGGAGGUGCUCGAGGACCUCGGGGGCCGGCGCCUGCUGGAGUGCCAGCAGAACUACCCCGAUUUGGAGGCGACCCCGAUCUGGGACGUGACGACGGAGGCCUGGCGCUGGCUCGACCCGAUCCUCGCGCAGACAGAAAAAAUGCGGGACGAGGUCCGGCGGCGCGCGACGACCUUCCGCGAGUCCAAGUGGGUCGAUACUUAUGGAAGGGACGGGGCGUACGACAGCGGCUGGGGCAUGGUCGACAUCACUCCACAAGCGUUCCCGGCGGUGGCGCGCGCGCUGCGCGGCGCGCCCCUCGCGCCGCGGCGGAGGUGUAUCGCGCGGCAGCGGGCCGACCGGUCGAUCCACGCGCACUCGGAUCGCGUGCCCUGGGCGCUCACGUGCCACAUCACGCUGGAGGGGCGCGGCCACAUGGUCGUGGACGGCGAGCGGCUCGACUGGACGCCGGGCGAGGCCACGGUCUGCGACACGACGUUUUUUCACUCCGCGCACAACGAGCACCCGUCGGAGGACGUCUACCUCGUCCACCUCGACGUCUUCCACCCGGGCCUGUCGACCGACGAACGGCAUGCGUUGGAAGCGCUGUCCCGCCACCUCGCGGCGGCGCGGCGGCGGCGCGCCGCGGCGCUGUCGCCGUUCGUCGCCGGGCUCGAGAGCGCGUUCUCGGCUGGGGAUGCGAGCCGCGACGAGUCGUAGUAUCCUACCCUGGGAGCUAUGCAACCGCAGGGGUGAUGUCCGGGCCGGUACUCCCCGAGAGGGUUGCUGGGCCGCGGGGCGCGAUGAGCGCGCACGACGGGAUGCGUAGUAUAUGUUUUGUGUUC